AUGGAGAAAUCGACCUUCACGGCGACUCAAAUCGCUGAACAACCUCCUCCUUCUUCUGCUACUUCUUCUCUUCCAGCGCAAGAUCUUCCGCCUCCUGUAGCCUCAGAUCAGAGAUCUUCGCCGGCGAUGGUCGCAGCUGAGUUACCUUCGGUCGCAAUGGACUUGGAUAAAUCGCCGGCGUUUAAUCCGGAAGCCGCGGUUCAAGGACAAACGUUUCCGACACCGGCAGCCGCGGCUCAGCCAGCUCAGGUGCCUGCGCCUCCGUCGGGAGCUACGACGGAUCCGUCUUCUAGGGGAAGAAAGCGACCGCUAGAAGGGAAUCUGAAGAUCGAGAACUCCAACUACUACAAGAUGCGUCUCCUUCUUAAAGAUCUUCGUCCUCACGUUGUCGAGGUAUUACGAACUCCAGACUUCAGGAAGUGUAAUGCAGCAAUAGAGAUUCAAGAGAAGAUGAAGCUUAUGCUUGAACUGUACAGAGAGAUGAUUGGAGAAUCACCCAACAAACGUGAGAAGACAGCUAAAACUGAGUCCUUAUCCAACGGAAAAGCGAUUGAUCAAACAUCUCAGAGUACUACUACUGGACUGAGAUCAUCGGAGACAAGCUAUGUCCAAACUGAGAAGCAGAACUCUAAUGGAGAUGGCGACACUGUGGUCGGAGGGUCUGCGUUUGGCUGGAACUUCGUAACCCAUGGAGGCAAAGAAGCUGUUUACUGUGGAAUGUCAAAGGAAGAAUACAGAAGCUCUCACCCAAUUACUCCAAUGGAGGCAGAGGUUGAGUUGCACAACACCUUAUGA